AUGGGAGCGCGCGCAGCGGGCCCGGCGGUCCGGGCCGCGGGAGCUGAAAACCCGGCGCGGCGCCCGGGGAGCAGGCUCGGGGCGCGCGCCGCGGACCCGUCCUCCGAGCGCGCGAGGCCGGCGCGCCAUCCGCGGACCCCCGAGCGCCCGCCGGACCCCAUGGCCCCCGAGACCCCGGCCCAGCGGCCGGCCCCGCGCUACUUCACCUGGGACGAGGUGGCGCAGCGCUGCGGGCGCGGCCAGGAGCGGUGGCUGGUGAUCGAGCGGAAGGUGUACAACAUCAGCGAGUUCUCCCGCCGGCACCCCGGAGGCUCCCGGGUCAUCAGCCACUACGCGGGGCAGGAUGCUACGGACCCCUUUGUGGCGUUCCACAUCAACAAGGGCCUUGUGAGGAAGUACAUGAACUCGCUCCUGAUUGGAGAGCUGUCUCCGGAGCAGCCCAGCUUCGAGCCCACGAAGAAUAAGGAGCUGACCGAGGAGUUCCGGGAGCUGCGGGCCACGGUGGAGCGGAUGGGGCUCCUGCAGGCCAACCGCGCCUUCUUCCUGCUGCACCUGCUGCACAUCCUGCUGCUGGACGCGGCCGCCUGGCUCACGCUGUGGGCCUUCGGGACGUCCUUCGUGCCCUUCGUCCUCUGCGCGGUGCUGCUCAGCGCGGUGCAGGCCCAGGCUGGCUGGCUGCAGCACGACUUCGGGCAUCUGUCCGUCUUCAGCACCUCUACGUGGAACCACCUGCUGCAUCAUUUCGUGAUCGGACACCUGAAGGGCGCCCCCGCCAGCUGGUGGAACCACCUGCACUUCCAGCACCACGCCAAGCCCAACUGCUUCCGCAAAGACCCAGACAUCAACAUGCACCCCUUCUUCUUCGCCUUGGGCAAGAUCCUCUCCGUGGAGCUUGGGAAGCAGAAGAAGAAGUACAUGCCGUACAACCACCAGCACAAAUACUUCUUCCUGAUUGGGCCCCCAGCCUUGCUACCUCUCUACUUCCAGUGGUACAUCUUCUACUUCGCUAUCCAGCGGAAGAAGUGGGUGGACUUGGCCUGGAUGAUCACCUUCUACGUCCGCAUCGCCCUCACUUACACGCCCUUGCUGGGGGUGAAGGGCCUCCUGGGCCUUUUCUUCAUGGUCAGGUUCCUGGAAAGCAACUGGUUUGUGUGGGUGACACAGAUGAACCAUAUCCCCAUGCACAUUGACUACGACCGGAACAGGGACUGGGUCUCCACCCAGCUCCAGGCAACGUGCAACGUGCACAAGUCGGCCUUCAAUGACUGGUUCAGUGGGCACCUCAACUUCCAGAUUGAACACCACCUUUUCCCCACGAUGCCGCGACACAAUUACCACAAAGUGGCUCCCCUGGUGCGCUCCUUGUGUGCCAAGCACGGCAUCGAGUACCAGUCCAAGCCCCUGCUCACAGCCUUCGCGGACAUUGUUCACUCACUGAAGGAGUCGGGGCAACUCUGGCUAGAUGCCUAUCUUCACCAAUAACAGCGCCCCCUCCUGGAAGAGGAACCUCCGGAGCCGAAGCAGAGGGAAGCCCCAGGGACGAGCCACUACAGUCCUAACACCCAGAGGGGGUGGGUUUGAGAUCAAGGCUCUGGCUCAAACCCCUCCCCUUUACCUUCCAGGCAGAUUUAGGACCCAAAGAGGGAGGGAUGGAGCUGUCAGGGCAGGGAUGUGAGUUUGUUUUUCUCUAGUGUCAUAUGUAGGGGGUUGGUGAGCAAAAGAGGGAGUCGGGAAGGGGUGAGAAUAGGGAGGAUCAACUUAGCCCAGAAAUCAGGCGGUUUAGCAGUAAAAUUCCACCCAGGAAAGGGGUGAGCUCAUCUGACUGGUCCACUUCACCCUCGUUUGCAAACCUCAGGUUCGCAGGGUGGAGGGAGGUGGAGCAGCUGAACCUUUGGAGCAGGAUUUAGAAAGGAAGCACCGGUGCUUAGAACUGAGGCCAGCCUCAUGCAGCUCCUGGGGGCGUGGCUCGUUUUAGGGCCGUGAAGCCCGUGCCCUCCACGGCCUCAGGUUCCUGGAGAAGCGAUUUCUCCCCUUUUAGAAGCGCGCAGGGCAAAGGCCGGGCUGCGGUAUGGAAGACAUAUGGCCCGAAGGGAUCCUGCCUCUACUGAUGUUGGUCCACGUUCCAUCCAGAGUCCCAAGGGAGCAUCAGGUCCUAGGUCCUGCCAAAAUGCCAGCGGAGUUACUCGCCAUUAAAGCUCCCUUCAGCUUUCCACCUCUUCUCACCAGCACCUAAGGAGUGACACAUUCCUAGGACUGAGUCCACUUCUUGCUCCACAAGCAAGUGAGCAGACAGGGCAACUUGCUUUUCUCCUCCUCAGAGACAUGGGGGCCCUGGUUCUCUUUGCUUCCCUACCUGUAAUGCCAAGUUUAAUACUUGAGCACAAGUUUCCAAGCGGGGAGUCGCCAGUCAGGAGGGAGACACAGGGCUGAUCAUAGAGAAGGCAAGGGCUGUAAGAAAUGUCCGUAACGUAGGUUAUUUACAGCAUUACCUCUGAGCAGGAGCAGCGGGGUUCAAUGUCAUCGCUUCCUAGUUCUAAACCAGAAACAGGAAGUAAACACAGAAGUUCGUGGUCAUGGGACCAUCUGGUGCUGUCAUUAGGCAUCUUACUCUGUCAGUUCUGUUCAAGGAUCUCUCUGCUGGAGACCAGGCAGGAAUUUAGGAUGAUCUCUUAAGUUUAGUACUGAGAUGCCAUUUUUUAAACCUGCUUUUUAAAAGAGAAAGUUUAACCCAUCUCUAGAGAGCAAACAGGAGUGUGCCCCAGGAGUCUCGCCCAAUUCCAGAACUUGUCAUCAGCGUUCAUACCCUCUCCGCUCCCCAACACCCGUGCCAUUCAGUCCGCAGCACCCACCCUAGGCGGACUGAGCCUUUGGGGCCGGGAGGAGGGGCGCUCUCACUAGAAGGAAAAGCAGAGCCCUGGGAGAGCUGGCCUUUAGUUUUGGGAGAUGGCGUCCUAAGGCAUGUUGGAAGGGACUGGAGGCACCACCUACGGAAAGCGUGUUGUGAUUACUUAGAGGUCUGUCAAAACCAAGAGAAAUGUAAGAAACAAACAGGUUGGGCAACAGGGAACAGGAGCUCAGAUCUUUUUCAUUUGGGCAGAACCUGGUUUAAAUGACACGCACAACUGAAGCAUUGGCUUCCUCACUCCACAACAGGUGCUGACCCCCCGCCCCUCAGCUCCCCGCUACCUGAGGUUUGGGUGUGGUGUCGCCAGCCUGCCAAGCCAUCUGGCUUUGGGCCCAGGCUGAGCAAACCCAGUGAAGCUCACUGAACCAAGUCCAGAUCCUCAAAGCCGCUCAAAUGUGUGGCCUUCUCCUUAGCCCAGGUCCGUGUGGUCUCACAUGGCCCAUGACGGACACACCACUGACAAAAGGCCCCGACCAUUACAAUGGCCCAUGACAGACACACCGCUGACAAAAGGCUCCCACGAUUACAAUAGUGACAUGAGCGAUCUCAGAUCCAAUGACAGCUGAGGAAACAGGCUUAGACAGAACAAGUCGCCUCCGGUCACAGAUGGUGGCAGAACUAACAUCUGAACUCACUUUUGAAAAAGUCCCAACGUCUGCGUUUGUCUUUGUUACUUUCAUCUCCCUCCCACUUCGCCAGAGGCAUUUUCUCUAACCAGGCCCAGUAUCACUAUCCUUUUUGUACAUGCCAACUUUGUUACCACUUCCUGGAGGAAAGCUGAAAAAUAAAGCGAAUUUUG